AUGUCUAAAUUACUUUCUAUUUGGAUUAAGGCUUUGAAGGAAUCAGCAGAAAAUAUCAGAAGAAGAAGAAGAAAUGAAAAUGGUGAAGGAAGGUUAUUCAACAAUAACAACAAAUCUUAUCGUUUACAACAAACACAAAAAAAAUGCCAUUCCAAUAGCAUCAAAAAAUGUUUGAACAUAGUGAUGGUCGUAAAACAAUCGUAA